CAUUUGUUUUCCAAAUAUUUUUUCUAAUGUUUUGUUUUAUUUGUGUUUUGUUUGACAAUCAGUUUACCACUUCUUUACUCAAUUUCUGUCCACUCAUUGAUAUCACUGCUGCCGCCGCACCCGAACUGACCACAAGUACUUAAUAUACAGACACUGAAGUCAUUUUGUUGUUGUUGUUGUUGUUCGCCAACUGCUGUGUGUGUCCGCUGCCGCCGCCGCUUCAUUGCCGUUUCAAACAAUCACCCAAUUGAUCCAUAGAUAGAUAGAUCCAAUUGUUCCGACCGCCAGAUAAAAGAAAUGCCAAAUCACUGUUGCGACCACUCGUGCGAAGGCCACCAGUCUAUCAACAAUACCGAAGACAUGGGUAUACUGUACAGUCUGUACACUCGCAUCGAUACCGAUCGUAUCGAGUGUCUCAAUGAGGCCGUCGAAGGUUCCGGUAAACUGGUAUUCAAGCCGUGGGAAGAUAGACUAAACUUUGAACAGUACGUCGAAAGCGAUUGCGAUGAAGAACUGCUCUUUAAGAUACCAUUUACCGGAAAUGUCAAACUAAAAGGUCUGAUCGUAAUCGGCAGCGAUGACGAGUCUCAUCCAUCGCGGAUCCGAUUAUUUAAAAACCGUCCGAAUAUGAACUUUGAUGACGUGACCGUCGAAGCAGAUCAAGAGUUUGAGACAAUGAGAGACACGAACGGCACACUUGAAUAUAUAAUUAAAAUUGUCAAAUUUUCAUCCGUACAUCACUUGACUAUUCACAUACCGAAGAACUUUGGCAACGAAACAACAAAAGUCUAUUACAUUGGUCUUAGAGGAGAGUUUACUAAAACAAAUCGAGACGCUAUAGUAAUGACAUGCUAUGAGUCGGCGCCCAAUCCGGCCGAAUGUAAAACCGAUUUGAAAGACACGGUUCCGCAACAAAUACAUUGAUAGAGUGAAGUAGAAGAAGAUGAUGAUCGAUGAAGAUGUCUGACGAUACAAAACUGAUGGUUUAAUUGAUGUGUUUUUUUAUUUGUGGGAAAAAUAAUAAUAAUUGUUUUUUUUAGUUAAUUUAAUUUUGUAAUCAAUUUAUAUACA